AUGAAAUUCACUCUCGCCACUCUUGCAGCUGCUGCAAUUGCAUCCGCCGCCCCAAUCCAAGUCGCCGUCCUUGACUCGACCGGAACCAACAUUGGUUACCUUAAAACCAUGUUCGGAGCCAAUUUUGGUGAAGCCUUCUUGGACUCCGACGCAUCCACGUACGAGCUCUCGGACACCAAGAUCCUCACCUUCACUCCUGCCAACGGAAACCAAUAUGCCUUGCAAUACCUGGGUCUCGCCGGCUCAUCAGCCAACCUCGUGGUGUUCAGCAACAGAUAUUCGAACCCUGUUGCACUCAACAUCAGCGACGACGCCAAGAUUAUGAACUACAACUGGUGGGCAUGUAAGAGCAUCAACACUCCUGGCGGUCUCAGCGACUCAUAUCCAGAAAUUGUCGGUGUCAACUCUACUACCACCACCGCACCAUUCCCCAACUGCCAGAAGGUGGACUUGGUUUUGACCAGAGUUCCUGCCGAGCUUAAAGCCAACGGCUCCGGCUCCGUCUCUGCCUCGGCUUCCUCGCCACAAACCACAUUGGUUUCUUCGACUCAAGCUAGCUCUCCAACCACUACCGCCACCAAUACUUUUACCCGCAUUUCUAACAGCGCCAUCGGUACCUACAUCACCUGGAUUUCGAAGGCAACUGUGAUUACUGUCACUUCUUGCGGCACAAGCAGCUGUUCUCCCGUUAAGAUGUCCGUCACUGAAGACCAGAUGGUCACCUGCGACGCCUGUGUCCUUCCACUGCAGUAUUUUCUCCUCAAUAACUUCAGUGGUACUACAGUGAUCUCUCGUGGUGAUGCUGGACGGACCUUUGCCGGCGCAUUCGGUGCCUUUGCCAUGGCUGCACUUCUCCUUGUCUAA